AUGGCUGCCGUGAGGGGAGGCCCUGCUACGGCUACUACUGCUGCUGCUGCUGCUGCUGCUGCUGCUGCUGCUGUGGCUGCAGUGUCGCCUUGCAGCGGAGAAUUGCUGAUGCGCCUCCGAACCCCUCCAUCUUCUGCUGCAGCGCGAGUAACAGCACCAACUGCAACAGCAGCAGCAGCUCUAGCAGCAGCAGCAGCAAUCAGACCAGCAGCAGUAGCAGCACCAGCCGCAGCAAGACCAGCAGAUGCUUCUCGAUUGCGUGGUGGAUUCGGUCGGACAUCAGGGGGUCCCCCCAAUUCUGCUUGGUCUUCCUGCUGCAGUCCUUUGGAUGUCUUUGCUGCCUGGGGGCCCCUCGGGGUGGGCCGCUGUUUGCGCUGCUUUGGCACCAGGGGGGUGUCUGUACACUCCAGAGAGGCAAGCACGGAGGUGCUGCCUUCUCGCCUCGUCCUGCCCCCCGAUUUCGUCUUUCCCCAGGACCUUCCUGUCAAGGAACAAGGCAAGUGCAGCAGCAGCAGCAACAACAACAGCAACAGUUAG